AUGGCUGACGGUCUAGUGCUUCGAGGAGGCAGUAUACUACGGAGAGUAUCCUUCGGCGUAACGUCGUCGACAGCACACAAGCGUACAAUACUCGAAAUGUCCGAACCAAUACCUAUACCAGGCGCGAAGUCUGAGCAUGCGAUCGACAAUGGAAGUCUGUCGCCUGAAAUUCUGCGAAAUGGAGUAUCUGGAGCCUCCUCAACAAGCUCAUCACCCCCGGACGGCAGCAGGACACCCAUCCUUUCUGCCUCGAGUCCGGGCAGCCCACGAUUAUCACGAAAUCCGUCAUUUUCUGGCAGCAGUUCGUACCAGGAAGAUUGGGAAGCGUUUCCACCUCUGGACAGGCUCACCGUCUUUGAUUUACUAGACAACUUCGCUUUGCCCCAGCAAUUGGAGAAGCUGCAGAGGAAUAUUUCGGCACAGACAGAGAAAGUACGGAGACAGCGAGAUGUCUUGCGGUCUAGAGGGUCAUAUGCGAAAGAUCGAGUGGUAGAGGAAUGGCGCAGAAGAGUGCCGCCUGCCGACGAGCAGCUGGAUAGAUACCGAAAACGCAUGCGCGAAAGCGUCGACAAACUUUCCAAACGCUGGAACGAUACCAAGGCUGUCACGGCAAGAGAGAAGAUCUCAUUUAUUUGCGGAGUUCUAAACGUACUCAUCAGUGGAUACUUGAUCGGUGGAUAUCCUCAGUACUUUCAUUACUGGUAUACUCUACAGCUCCUCUACUUCAUGCCGAUUCGAUAUUAUACAUACCACCGAAGAGGAUAUCAUUACUUCUUGGCUGAUCUCUGCUACUUCGUCAACUUCCUGUGCAUGUGCACUAUAUGGUUCUUCCCGAAGUCGAAACGUCUGUUCAUUUCCACCUACUGCCUAGCAUUCGGGAACAACGCCAUCGCGAUAGCUAUGUGGCGGAAUUCGAUGGUAUUCCACAGCUUCGACAAAGUUACCAGCUUGUUUAUCCACAUCAUGCCCUGUGUCUCACUACACGUCCUCGUACAUCUCCUUCCAGAUAGUCUGCAAGAAGAACGCUUCCCUGCUAUUUGGACAAUCAAAACCUCGCCACCAGGAUCCAAAGAGCACUACUCUCUCCCUGCCAUGACACUGUGGGCCACCAUCCCUUACGCAGUCUGGCAGUUAUCCUACCACUUCAUGAUCACGGUCCGCCGCCGGGAGAAGAUUGCUGCCGGCCGCCCAACAUCCUUCACCUGGCUCCGACGUUCCUACUCCAAAGUCUGGAUCGGUAAAUUCGUCUUAUCACUCCCAGAGCAGCUGCAAGAACCAGCCUUCAUGUUAAUCCAAUACUGCUACGCCGUUCUCACCAUGCUGCCCUGUCCCCUCUGGUUCUGGUACCGCUACGCAUCUGCCGGUUUCCUCCUCGCUGUAUUCUGUUGGUCAGUGUACAACGGAGCCACAUACUACAUCGACGUAUUCGGCAAACGAUUCCAGAACGAAUUAGAGGCCAUGAGACGCGAAGUUCAGAAAUGGCAAAAUAGUCCAGACAUGAUGACUUCUCCUCUCAUGACCCCGAAAGUCGACGGUGGCGCCGAACUCGGUGCCUUGAUCGGGGACCCAGCUUUGGAAGGGGGCAAGACACACUCGAGAAGUAGGAGCGUGGACAAGAUCCCUUUGCUGAACGACCAGAUUGGGAGUACAGGCAUAGAUGGCGGAGCCAAGGACGUGGCGCGCGAGAGAAAG